CAGUUGAUACCAUUGCAUCCCCCUCUUGGCGAUACAUCAACAGAGAGAACCGUACAGAUUGACGGCACCAAAGAACAAAUUGAAUCUGCAAAACAAUUGGUCAAUGAAGUCAUCAAUGAGGAUGACUUUGCUUUUAGGGCCUCCAGGCUCUGGGAAGACCACUUUACUAUUAGCUUUGGCUGGGAAGCUUGAUAAGGAUCUAAAGGUUAUAGGGAAAAUAACCUACAAUGGCGACAGAUUAGACGAAUUCGUCCUUCAGAGGACUUCCGCUUAUAUCAGUCAGCAUGAUCUCCAUAUCAGGGAAAUGAUGGUGACAGAAACCUUGGCUUUCUUAACCAGAUGUCAAGGAGUCGAUACCCGCUAUGAAAUGCUGAUGGAGCUGUCGAGAAGAGAGAAAGCAGCAAACAUCAAGCCAGGUCCUGACGUAGAUGUCUACAUGAAGAUUGCUGCCAACCUAUGCGGUCAACUUUGAAGACUUUUAGGAGGGCAAAAUCAAAGAUAUUGGAGUGGGCUUAUGGAUUGUUAGGGUGUUGUUGUUGUUGUUGUUUUUUUGGGUAUUUCCUUGGCUUGUAAAUAGUAGUAAAUUGUUGGUAUUACUAGGUUUUAUGGCUGGUUGUUUUCUCAGUCGUAGAUUUCAGGCUCUUUUUCCAAAGGUUGUGAUGAUGGUUUGGACUUUGCUAAUUUUCUUCCUUAUGUUGUUUCUUUUUACAUGAUUUUAUACAAAAGUCGAAAGUGCGUCUCCCAAGUGCUGUGAUGAUGUGCUCACAUGGGAUGAUUAAUGCUCACAUGCAAUGUUUUUUCUUUCAUUAUAUUAUAGCGGCCCAAAAGGUUGACCAUGUUGGAAAAUCAUCUGGGGUAAAACCUGGCAUGGUCCAUUUAUCAGGCAGUCUAUGAUUUUGAAAUCAUGUGGACAACUGAUGGGCUGAAUCAAUAUAUGUUUGUGGCCCACCUAAUGAGUGUAACUCCAUGUAAUUUUCAU